UUAACCUAACGGAAGUGAUUUUCUACCAGUAGUAGAAGUCGUACAAAGAUAAUUUUUACCUUUUCUUCAUGUAAACUUUUUAUGUUAAAUCUGCGUUCUGAGAAUCACGUAAAUAUUAAUUUAAAGUAAUCGUGCUGUUUAACUUAUUUAGUAUUUUAUCCUGAUAUUUAUACGGGAGUUUACUUCCGGAAGCAGCAGAAGCUUAUUGUUAGCUUAGCCUGCUAGCUGCAAGCACAGAGUCAGCACCGAGCAACACAAGUGUCAGAUUGAGACACUUUGAUGGAGAACAGGUGGUGUUUCUGAUGGAGUUUAAGGAGUGAAAAGCUUCUGCUGAGACUGCAUGAAGACUUCAGGAGUUCAGAGCGCUGGAGGAAAGACGACUAACAGCGAUGGAGGAACCGACACACAGUGGGCAGAUGGACUCUCAGCUGCAAGAUGUCCCCAACUGGUGUGCCAAACUGGACCAGGAGGACUUAAAACCCCCACAUAUUAAAGAGGAACAUGAUGAUGCUGAAAUCAUAAAAUUUAUAUUCAGCCCUGUAGCCAUGAAGAUCGAAGAUGGUGAAGAGAAACCUCAGCUGUCAGAGCUUCAUCGUAGUUGGAUUGAGGAGAACGGAGACUCUGCGGGACCAGAAUCGGACGAUGAAGAUAAAACUUCAGACUCUUCAGAGACUGACGUCAGUGACGGAAACUGGGAGGGGAACACUGACCCUCAAUCAGGUUUAGACUUGGUGCAGAACAACACAUUUCCUGUAGGUGAUACAAGAUGUGAAACAGGCGAGAAGUUACACAGGUGCGGUGAAUGUGGCAAAGCAUUUAACCGCAGACGAAAUUUACUGAGACAUAACAGAAUCCACACAGGAGUAAGACCCUUCAACUGCCCCACCUGUAACAAAGCCUUUAUAUGGAAAAGGGACCUUACACAACAUUUAAGAAUACACAAUGAAGAAAAACCUUUCAGCUGCACGAUCUGUGGAAAACAGUUCACUAGAAAGGAGAAUGUACCUCGUCAUAUGAGAAUUCACACUACAGGGAAGACUUUCUGCUGCUCCAUAUGUGGAACUAAGUUCUUAAGAAAGGGAACCUUAACUUCUCACAUGGUUUGUCACAGUGAAGACAAACCUUUCAGCUGCUCCGUUUGUGGCCAAACGUUUAAAAGGAAAGAAGACGUAACUCGGCACAUGGUUUGCCACACUGAGGAUAAACCUUUCAGCUGCUCCGUGUGUGAACAACAGUUUAAAAGGAAAGAAGACCUGACUCGGCACAUGGUUUGCCACACUGAAGACAAACCUUUCAGCUGCUCUGUUUGUGGUCUGACAUUCAAAAGAAAAGAAAGCGUAAAUCAUCACAUGAAAAGCCACACUGAGGAGAAACCUUACAGCUGCUCAGUCUGUGGGAAGAAGUUCAAAAGGAGAGAGAGUUUACCCCGGCACAUGAUAUGUCACACUGAAGACAAACCAUUCAGCUGCUCAAUAUGUGGAAAACAGUUUGGUCGUAAAGAAAGUUUGAGAACUCACAUGUCGCAUCACACUUCAGAAAAACCCUACAGUUGCUCCAUCUGUAACAAAGCUUUUACUUUAAAAGUAACUCUAAUGAAACACACCAGAUUUCACCGAGAGGACAGACAGUUCAGCUGUUCUGUCUGCAAAGUGUCUUUCAAGAAAAAAUCCUCCCUGGUUGUACACAUGAAAAUCCACACUGGAGAGAAACCUUUCAGCUGCGCGACCUGUGGCCGAAGCUUUGGUCAAGGCGCAACCCUGAGGCGUCACAUGAGACGGCACACUGAAGAGAAACCUUUCAGCUGCCCCUACUGUAAUGUCAAAUUCAAGUGGAAAAGUGCCUGUGUGAAACACAUCAAAAAACACACUGUUGAAUAGGCUUUUGGCUUCACAUGUGGUGCUCAAAGCUACAGUAAGUUUAAAUAUAACUCUGUUAUAAAGGGUCAUCAGCUGCUCUGUUAGUAAAGAAUAUUUCUAAGAAAAAAACUUGUUCUGUUUAUUUUGCCCCUUCACCCUAUUCAUACAUUUUGUUCCUUCUUCAAAUUGAUGAUUUUAAAAUAUCUUGAUAUUUUUUCACAGACAAUCUGUUACAAGAGAACUAGGUUAUGUGAGGUUAUAGUCUCUUAGACUUAUACCCCGUUUACACUACCCUUUUUUAAACCGUGCUGAGAACGGUCCGAGCUCAGUAACUGAAAUAACUUUCGAGUGUAAAUGGAUCGCAAACUGAACUGAACCGAGCCAGACACAACCGGACCGCGCUAAAUCUAGACCAGUGGGUGGGCUCAGCCUGGUUUUUCCCUGGCUCGGUUCUCAGAUAACAAAGAGCGCAUGAGCAGACCGCGUCAUCUCUUUACAGUCAGAUGACUAGUUUUGCGGUUUCAGACAUUCAUAAAAAUACUAGCUUCCUGUUUUGAAAAGUCAGCUUGGUGAGGAUUACUUAAUUGACGUGGCGCCACCUGUCAAUCGAUCUUGGAGGGUGUCAGUAACUGACCACUUAGCAAACGCAAUUUGUCCCAAAGUGAAACGUCCCUUACCUGCAGAAGCUGCUCCAUCUUUCCCCCUGACAAGAUUCCAGCAUGUUCCAUUAUGAACGCAUUGCAGUCAGUGGGAUUGUGUUAAAAAACACCGGUAGAAAUUACUAAAUGUUGUUAGUAGGGGAAGUACAAUUCAGACACAUGUGAUCCUGAAAGUUUGGAGUGUGUUUAUUUCUUUCCCAAAA